CGCACCCGCUUGUCCAUCUGGCUCCCGGUCUAUUCAGGUCCGCCAUCUUUCGCCGCAAGCGUGUCGCCGCGUCGUUUAUUUUCUCGUGUGUUUCCAGUAAAAACAGCUCAGGGCCAAAAAAGAGGCAAAAUGCCAGGCUUCAGUAGCGUGGGUACUUUCAAGAUUUUCAUCGGCAACCUUGCUGAUAAAACCUCCAAUUCGGAUAUCAAACCUCUUUUUGAGAAGUAUGGUAAAGUUGUCGAGUGCGACGUCGUUAAAAAUUAUGGAUUUGUUGCAGGAAGAAACGCAAUCCAAAACUUGAACGGAACUCCAGUCCACGGUCAGCCGAUAAAAUGCGAAGCCGCCAAGAGCCGAAAGGGUCCAAACACCCCAACUACUAAAAUCUUCGUGGGUAACCUGACGGACAACACCAAGGCUCCGCAAGUUCGUGAGCUGUUCGCCAAGUACGGUACUGUCGUCGAGUGUGACAUCGUGCGUAACUACGGGUUCGUGCAUUUGGAGGCCUCGGGCGACGUUAAUGACGCGAUCAAGGAGUUGAACGGGCAGAUGGUUGACGGACAGCCGAUGAAAGUCCAGAUUUCGACGAGCAGAGUUCGUCAGAGGCCGGGUAUGGGCGAUCCCGAGCAGUGCUACCGCUGCGGACGUGGAGGUCACUGGAGCAAAGAGUGCCCCAAGGGUGGAAUGGGUGGUGGGCCCGACAGAAACGGGUUCCGGGACAGGAUGUUCGGGCGCGAUCCUUAUCCACCACCUCCACCACCGCCGUUCCUCAGAGACAGGAUCAUGGGUGGUCGCGGAUUUGGAGUAAGUUUCGAUGACUCCCGCGAUUUGUACGAGAGAAGAUUCAGCGGGAUGUCCGGUCCCCGUGAUAUGGACAGUUCGAUGCUUGGUCGCGAUUUCCCUCCGAUGUCGAUGCCUCCAUUGCCCGCGAGACGCGACCCCAUGCCGCCUAUGCCCGCUCUAGGCAUGGGCACCAUGCGCGACAGCGGUUUCUCCCGCGGCAACGACUACGGUAUGUUCAGCAGACGCUCACCACCCCCCAGUGGUAACAAUGGCCGCUUCAGUAGAGGCAUGUACGAGGACUUCAGCAGAGACUCGUUUGAGGAGCGUAGGUAA